AUGAUGGCGCCAAUCACAGGCAGUGAAGGGGCGAGGCCCGGCAAUGGCUGCUGCGCGCGCACCACCGCCGAAGCCCUGCGCGCGCACCGUCGCCGAAGCCCUGCGCGCGCAUCACCGCAGCCUCCAGGUUCCCGGCGGCGCAGCGCGAGGCCGGGCUCCCGGGAGGAGCCGCCAAUCACUGGCGGAGGGUUUCCGCUGACUGCGGCCGCGCGGCAGGAUGGGUGCUGGGACGCCAAAGUGGUCUUUGUGGGUGUCAUUUCCUGUCCUCCGACCGGCGUGGUCACCCUGCAGGGCAGCAUCAGCACGCAAUGUGGAUCUGCGGGGGUCGGGGUGGGGACAAGCGCGGACGUGAGAACAGAGAGCAGAGGGGUCUCUCUGGUCUGUGUCGCGGCGGAGGCCAUGGACACGGGGAGAAGGGGCGUCCAGGAGGAUUUCCGCGAUCAGAUGACCAAUGUGGAAGAUGGGGGUGGAGAAUCCCAAGAAAGCAUCCAGCACACUGGUGCUGGUGUUGCCACUCCGUGA